AUGUUACGAAUCUCAGCAGUUAGAAGCUUCAGUUCCUCGACAAGAUGUCUCACAAAUUACGGAUUUGUUGGUCUUGGUCAGAUGGGUCAACAUAUGGCAAGACACAUUUUCGAGAAACUUGAACCUCAUGAUAAGUUGUAUGUGUACGAUACAUCCUCAGAAGCUGCUACCCAGUUUGUAGCUGAAAAUGUCAAGAGCUUGCCUGGUAAUACCAAUCUCCUCGUUAAAGUCGAUUCUCUUGAAGAUCUUGUCCAUAAGGUAGAUGCACCAUUGGAUUUUGUUGUCUCAAUGGUUCCCGAAGGGAAGCAUGUUAAGGGGGUGAUCAAAACUCUUGUGGAGGCAACCAAAUCAAAGCAACUGCUGAAACCUCAUCCUACAAUCUUUAUAGAUUCUUCAACUAUUGAUAUUCCAACAUCCAAGGAAGUUCAUGAAUACGUAAAAGCCACUGUCCCUCACUGCGAUUUCAUUGAUGCCCCAGUUUCAGGUGGGGUAAAUGGAGCUAGAAGAGGUACUCUUUCAUUUAUGCUUUCUAGGGCAACACAUGAUGAUAUUUCACCCUCUCUUACUCAUCUUUUGAACAAAAUGGGGAUUAACAUCUUCCCAUGUGGUGCCACUCAUGGAACUGGUUUGGCUGCAAAACUUGCCAAUAAUUAUUUAUUAGCAGUAACAAACUUGGCUGUUGCGGAUUCAUUUCAACUUGCCAAAUCAUUUGGUUUGGAUCUCAAUGCUUACGCAAAAUUGGUUUCUGUGUCUACUGGUAAAUCGUGGGCAUCUGUAGAUAACUGCCCCAUCCCCGGUGUAUAUCCUCCUGAAAACCAAUUGCCUGCUGAUGUAGAUUAUAAUGGAGGGUUCAUUACCAAGCUUACUCGUAAAGAUUUGGUACUUGCAACCCAAUGCGCUGCUGCAAAUAAUCGUCCUUUAUUCCUUGGAGACAUUAGUAAGUAUUGGUAUGAUAAGGCUUGUGAAUCCCAAGAGAUUGCCAACAAAGACUUGGCAGUAUUGUACAAGUGGUUAGGUGAGCUUAAUAGUACAAAAAUUAACUAA